GCCAUUCUCUCUGUUCUGCAGCCUACGGCGACUUUGAGCUAAACCCGGCGAGGUUAUAUAUAUCUCCGGCAAGAACCACCUUUCAUUAGUUCACUCACACAGAAGCUCUCAAACACACGACGAACUCACACAACAAAUUCACCUGUACCUUCAACCUCAGUUUCCAGAAACCGACAGCUUCCUCUUCUCUUCUUUUACAGACAAAAUCUCCGACGACCAACCCUCAGAUUGAAGAAACAAAUGAAUGAAGUUCUCAGAAAGAGUUCUUCCUCCCGUGAAUGUUUCCUUAAGAUUUAUAGAUGUCGCCACUAUUCAACCACUCCAAGCAUAAAAAACAUGUUCGAUAGGUAUGUCGACAAAAACAAUGUCUUCUCCUGGAACUCAAUCAUAGCUGAGUUGGCUCGGGGCGGUGACGCUGUCGAAGCCCUUCGCGCUUUCUCCUCCAUGCGGAAGAUCUCUCUCACACCCAACCGUUCUUCUUUCCCCUGCGCUGUGAAGUCUUGUUCCGCCUUAUAUGAUCUCCUUUCUGGCAGGCAAAUCCACCUACAGGCUUUUAUUUUUGGAUUCCAGUCUGAUCUUUUUGUGUCAUCAGCUCUCAUCGAUAUGUAUUCUAAAUGUGGCCUCUUGCAGGACGCAAGGAAGCUGUUCGAUGAAAUUCCCCUGAGAAAUGUGGUUUCUUGGACUUCCAUGCUCACCGGUUAUGUCCAAAAUGGCUAUGCCUGGGAUGCACUAGCUCUGUUCAAGCAACUUCUGUUGGAGGAAAUGUGGAAUGAAGGGGAGACAGAAAUGUUUGUCGAUUCAAUUACAAUGAUCUCUGUUCUAUCUGCGUGUGCCCACAUAUCAAAGAAAAGCUUCACAGAAGGGGCUCAUGGGCUCGUUAUCAAGAGAGGAUUUGAAGAAGAGUUGGGUGUGGGGAACACUUUGAUUGACGCGUAUGCAAAAUGCGGUGAUGUGGGUUUGUCUAAGAAGGUUUUCGAUGUGAUGAAUGAGAAAGAUGAUAUUUCUUGGAAUUCAAUGAUUGCUGUUUGUGCACAACAGGGGCUAGCUGAAGAUGCCAUGAAUCUGUUUCAUGAUAUGGUCAGAGAUGGAAGUGUUUCCCAUAAUGCUAUCACUUUAUCAUCUGUCUUAAUAGCUUGUGCACAUUCCGGAGCCUUACAAUCUGGAAAAGCCAUACAUAAUCAGGUUGUAAAGAUGAACUUGGAAGAUAAUGUUUUUGUGGGCACUUCAAUCAUCGACAUGUACAGCAAAUGCGGGAGAGUAUCAACAGCAAGUAAAGCAUUCAACCGCAUGAAUUACAAGAAUGUCAAAACAUGGACAGCCAUAAUUGCAGGACACGGCAUGCAUGGCCACGCCAGAGAAGCUCUAGAACAUUUCAACCAAAUGAUAAAGGCAAAAGUCAAACCUAAUUACAUAACCUUUGUGGCUGUUCUCGCAGCUUGUAGCCACGCCGGUCAAUUAGAUGAAGGCUGGCAUUGGUUUAAAACGAUGAAACAUGGCUAUAAUAUAGAACCGGGGUUAGAGCAUUACGGCUGCAUGGUUGAUCUAUUGGGUCGAGCCGGAUAUUUGAAAGAAGCUUACGAUCUGAUAAAAGAAAUGAAAGUUAAGCCAGACAAUGUCGUUUGGGGUUCCCUUCUUGCUGCUUGCAGGAUUCACAAGAAUGUUGAGCUAGCAGAGAUAUCUGCUAACAAGUUGUUUCAGUUAGACCCGAGAAACUGCGGGUAUUAUCUUUUGCUUUCGAAUAUAUAUUCCGAUGCUGGGAGAUGGAAGGAAGCUGAAAAAACGAGACUUUUUAUUCAGAGUCACGGGCUGAUGAAAGUACCAGGGUUCAGCCUGGUGGAGGUAAAAGGUUUGGUUCAUGUGUUUUUGGUUGGAGACAAAGAACAUCCUCAGAGAAACAAAAUAUAUGAAUACUUGGAUGAACUGUCGUUGAAGAUGCAAGAAGCUGGGUAUGUGGCAAAUAUGACGUCGGUUUGUCAUGAUAUUGACGAGGAAGAAAAGGAAAUGGUGCUGCGAGUUCACAGCGAAAAGUUGGCGGUUGCUUUCGCAUUGAUGAGCACGGUUGAUGGGACGACAGUUCAGGUUAUUAAGAAUCUUAGAGUUUGUAGCGAUUGUCAUACUGCGAUCAAGUUGAUUGCGAGAAUAACGAAUAGGGAGAUUGUCGUGAGAGAUUCUAAGCGAUUUCAUCAUUUUAAGGGUGGGGUUUGCUCUUGUGGUGACUAUUGGUGAUGUUGAGAUGGUUUUAAAAUGUUCUUUAUUAAUACUAAAGAGUAGAAUUUGAUUUUAUCAUUCC